AUGUCCGUUUUCUCCAACCCUGCGAUCCCUAAUCCCAUUCCAUUUACCUCCGUACUCUCCCUCGAUCUCGGCGAUGCAAUCGACCCAACCCUCGUACAUGUGCUUUAUGGUGCAAGCAAGGACUUCUGUGCCAAUGGCUUGCGCAUGGGCUUCGUCUGCACGAGUAACCAAGGCAUAAUCGGCGCCAUGUCAAGCAUUGGCAUAUUCUCCUGGUCAUCGCACAUAAUUCAAGAUGUUUGGGCCACCAUGCUGGAGGACAGGCAAUGGUUGGAAAACUUCAUGCGUAAGAAGACGCAGCUCAUGGAGGAGAAUUACCGCAUCGCAACUUCGUUCUUCCAUGAACAUGAUAUACGCUACUACGAGAUGCAAGUAAGCCGCGAAUUGAGCAUUGCGGAUACCUGCAUCAAGAACGGGGUCAUGAUUGCACCCGGCCACAUAUACAUGCCCGAAGAGUUUGGCUGGUUCCGAGUCACCUUCACCCUGGGGAAGGAAGCGUUGAGAGAAGGCUUGAGCCGGCUUUGGAGAGCAUUAAAAGAGGCUGAGGGAGAAUUGCGGGAUUAA